UAAUAAAGCAAAAUAACACGCAACAAGUCUACGAUCUGACAAAGCUUUUAACUAACCUCCCUUGAAGCAAAAUCACACUGUUUCAAACAACAAAACAUUAAAACACUACACAUUUUUGUUUUGGUUCUUUAUGGUGUUGCGUGUUGGUGACCAUAUGUAUUUCAGUGUUUAAAGGGCUUUCAAAAUCUGGCAAAUUUAGGAGGAUUGAGAGCUCGCUUGUCCUUGAAGCAAGCAACAUCCGACCUUUGUAACGAAGACGAAGACUGCAGGCCUUGGCGUCGUAGAUUGUUUAUGGCUUUCACCUGGGGUUCUGCUCUUCGGAUCACUCUUUUGAUUCUUCUUGUUGCCGCUGUUGUUUUCGCUUUUUUUACUCUCCCUGUUGAAAAGAUUUUGAAGGACUUUCUAAUAUGGGUUGAACAGGAUCUUGGUCCUUGGGGUCCGCUUGUGUUGGCUGUUGCAUAUAUUCCUCUGACAGUUUUGGCGGUUCCAGCAUCCGUGCUUACUCUUGGUGGUGGUUAUCUUUUUGGUCUGCCAGUGGGCUUUGUUGCUGAUUCUAUUGGUGCAACUGUUGGUGCUGGGGCUGCAUUUCUUCUUGGCCGAACUAUAGGAAAAUCAUUUGUUGUUUCUAAGUUGAAAGAUUAUCCACAAUUUCGGUCAGUUGCCAUCGCCAUUCAGAGAUCUGGUUUUAAGAUUGUUUUGCUGCUUCGGCUUGUUCCUUUGCUCCCAUUUAAUAUGUUGAAUUACCUCCUAUCUGUGACUCCUGUUCCAGUAGGAGAAUACAUGCUAGCUUCCUGGCUAGGAAUGAUGCCGAUAACUCUUGCAUUAGUAUAUGUUGGAACGACUCUCAAGGAUCUGUCUGAUGUGACACAUGGAUGGAGCGAGUUCUCUAAAACUCGUUGGGCAUUUCUCGUUUCAGGUCUUCUGGUAUCUGGUAUGUUGUAAUAUAUUGCACACAUACUUAUUGGGC